AGAGAGAGACAUGCAGAGCUGCCAGUGUGUCAGCAACAGCAACAUUUGGAGCUGGAGUCUGGAGCAGAGCAGCUCAGGAAAGAAAAAAAGCUGACCCGGCUUUCCGAGUGGGGCUGCUCAGAUGGAGAUCUGGGUGUUGCGCCUGGACUGAGCAUCACCUCUGGCUGGACCAGGGUCUCUGUUAGAUGAGAAAACACUGCCGGACGGGGAGCCGGGUCCGGACUUGGAGACRACAGCGCUGAAACAUGGGCUGCUCGGCCAGUGUGGUCCUGCUGCUGCGCUCGGUGGGCGGGGCUGACUGUGGUCAUAUGUGUUCACGUCAGGACCAGAUGUCCGUGGAAGCUGCAACACCCACGCUAGAGGGUUACACCACUACCAACUCACCUGUGACCAUCAUUAUAAUGCAGGAGAAGCCAAAGUUGAUCGAUCCUCUUGACUAUGAGGCUGUCAUCUCUGAACUGGUGGAUGAGUUGAAGGAGGACCCUCUCAGAGAGCUGCUGCUUUUCCCCGACCAUGAUUUCACGGUUUCCACGGUGCCUCAGGAGAGACGAACUCUCCAUUCAACUGUUCCUGAGGGAGCAGAGCUGCAGGCUGAGUGUCUGCUGGUCAGACAAGCCUGCAAAUAUUACAACUCUGAGCUGAAUGUGGUCCAGUUCAAGUAUGACGACUAUGCUGGAGACUAUCGCCUGCUGCCCAGAAAAAUGUACAAAGCAGAGAAGCUGCCAUCCCAUUCCUUUGAGAUCGACUACGAAGAUGUGGAUAAAGAUGAGGAUACCACCUCUCUGUCCUCAUCCAAAGGGGGAGGGGGCGGAGGAGGGGGUGCAGGUGGAGGAGGGAUUGGCGUGUUUAAGUCAGGGUGGCUCUACAAAGGGAACUUCAACAGCACUGUCAACAACAGCAUCACUGUCCGGUCAUUCAAAAGGAGGUAUUUCCAGCUGACCCAGCUGACAGAUAACUCCUACAUAAUGAACUUCUACAAGGAUGAAAAGAUCUCUAAGGAACCCAAAGGUUGCAUCUUCCUGGACUCGUGCACGGGUGUGGUACAGAACAAUCGCUUGAGGAAACACGCCUUUGAGCUGAAGAUGAAUGAGGUCACGACGUAUUUCGUGCUGGCCGCGGAGACUGAGCAGGACAUGGAGGAGUGGAUCAGCACUUUAACGCGUAUCUUACAGAUCAGUCCGCAUGACGGGCCGGCCCCUGACCGCAAGAGUUUGGACCUCACUGAGCAUCGGCAGGAUGUGUUUGACUUGUCUCUGAGUGACUGCUGUUUGCAGGAAAAUGAUGAAACCACAGAAAAUGGCAUCAAUCCAGAGCUGGCAAAGUAUAUCUCUGAAACUGAUGAGAGAAUUCGGUCUGCUAGAAGAGAAGAGCGUCUGAAUCUGUUUUCUCUGGAUCCUGACACUCCUGUUCUGAGGAGCCCACGAACUGAACAUUCGUUAUCCGACAGCACACCGGUGCGUCCAUUUGAAGAGAAGCUGGGCAGAAGGUUCAUGAUCACUUGCAAAUCUCUCAAUCUUAUGCUGCAAGCGUGUGUCAACGAGAGUGAAACUGGACCAGUCACCAAUAUCGAACCCUUCUUUGUAUCGUUGGCUCUUUUUGAUGUACGAGAAGGGAGAAAGGUUUCUGCAGACUUUCAUGUGGACCUGAACCAUGAAGCGGUGCGUCAGAUGCUCGGAGGCUGCGCCAGCAAGACGGGGGCCCCAGGUACGGGGGUCGGAGCUCAGGAGAACGGCUUGUGCUCUCCUGCUGAGAAGAAGCCAGGUGACUGUCACCUCAGCCAGGACUUAGAGCAGUGGCUGUGUUUUCCCCAUCAGGCCAUUUUCUCGGUGACCAACCCCCAUACAGAAAUAGUCAUGGUGGCAAAAGUAGAAAAGGUGCUGAUGGGAAAUAUUGCAUCUGGCACUGAACCUUAUAUCAAGAAUGCGGACUCCAGCAAGACUGUGCAGAAGACUUUAAAAUCCAACAAACAGUUUUGCAGCAAGCUGGGAAAGUACCGUAUGCCGUUUGCGUGGUCUGUCAGGUCUGUAUUCAAAGACAGCCAUGGAGCGUUGGAUCGAGACACUCGUUUCUCACCUCUUUUCAAGCAGGAGAGCAACAAAAUUUCCACAGAUGAUCUAAUAAAGUUGGUGACAGAGUAUAGGAGGGCUGAGAAGAACAGCAAACUGCAGACUGUGCCUGGGACACUGGACAUUGGCUUAGACUACAUCCCGAUGGAGCAUCCCAACUGCGUGACUUCCUCAUAUGUACCGGUGAAGCCUUUCGAAGAGCUGAGCAUACAUCAGCCCACUGUGGAGGUGGAAGAGUUUGUCCAGGACACCACCAAGUUCACCCAGCCGCACCGCGUCUACAGAAACCACAUCUACGUCUACCCCAAACACCUCAAGUACGACAGUCAGAAGAGCUUUGCCAAGGCUCGUAACAUUGCAGUCUAUGUAGAGUUCCGCAGCUCAGACGAUGAGCUUGCCAAGCCUUUAAAGUGCAUCUAUGGCAAGCCCGGAGGUCCAGUUUUCACCACAACAGCCUGUUCUACAGUCCUACAUCACUCUCAGAACCCCGACUUCUAUGAAGAGGUGAAAAUUGAGUUUCCCAUCCAACUUCAUGAAAAACACCAUCUACUUUUCUCCUUUUACCACGUCACCUGUGACAUCAACGCUAAGACGAAUUCUAAGAGGAAAGAGGCCUUAGAGACACCAGUGGGUUAUUCUUGGCUGCCAAUACUGAAAGAAGGUCGCGUGUCAUCUCAAGAGUUCAACAUUCCUGUCUCUUGCAACCUGCCACCCGGAUACCUCAGCAUCAAAGAAGCCAGCAACACCAAGAAUGGAGCUGAUGUGAAAUGGGUCGAUGGAGGAAAAACUAUCUUUAAAGUGUCCACAAAUGUCGUCUCCACAGUAUACACUCAGGACCCCCACCUGAACCGAUUCUUCCAGCAGUGCCAGAAGAGAGAGCUCGACCUCUCUCAGCCUCCUACCUCCAACUUUCUCAACUGCCUGAAGGGUCUCCUCAGUAUGGAGAGAAUCCCAGUGAUUGUCCGCUUCCUGCCGGUGCUCUUCAACCAGCUGUUCAAGGUUCUGACUCAGAAUGACAAUGAUGAGGUCACUACUGCCACCACCAGAGUUCUAAUCCAUGUUGUCAGCAAGUGCCAUGAAGAAAAUCUGGAUCAGCACCUUCACUCUUAUAUCAAGUUUGUUUUUAAGUCAGAAGCUCAUGGCUUCAGGACGGUUCACGAAGAGCUGGCCAAGGGAAUGACCUUUGACCUGAAGAGCAAUGAGCACACAGCAGUCAGGAAUGUUCUCAAGUUCUCCUGGUUCUUUUUUGAGCUCAUUGUCAAGUCCAUGGCCCAGCACUUGGUUGACUCUGACAAGGUCAAGCUGCUGAGGCCCCAGCGUUUCCCCUCUUCCUACCUGAGCCGCGUGGAGACGUUGGUGGAGACGGUGUCCGAGCACAUUUUCUGGAAGUACAAAGAGCUGGCAGAGGAAACACGCAGCGCCAACUUUGCUGUGGCUGCUUUUGUCAAACGCUGCUUCACUCUGAUGGACAGAGGCUUCACAUUCAAACUCAUUAGCAACUACAUUAACAUGAUCACAGCUACAGACAGCAAGGUCCUCUGUGAGCUGAAAUUUGAGUUCCUGAGAGAAGUGUGCAACCAUGAGCAUUACAUCCCUCUCAGCCUGCCCUUACCUUCUGCUCGAAUCACAGAUCAUGCCUCCCCAGAACCACAAAGCACACCUGCCUCUGUGCCUGAGUACAACCUMACCGGAGAGUUCUGCAGGAAGCACUUCCUGACUGGCCUGUUGCUUCGGGAGCUGGGCCUGGCUCUCCAGGACGAGCAGGACCUGAGGCAUCUCGCCUUGGCCACGCUAAAGACUCUAAUGGCCAAACACUCUCUGGAUUCACGCUAUGCCACCAAGGAGAAGCAGGCGAGGAUAGCGUCCCUCUACCUGCCUCUGUARGGGCUGAUCCUGGACAACAUGCCACGCUUCUUCCUCAGGGACCUUUUCCCCAUCUACUUCACUUCUAGUGACCAAGGCUCUCGAGACGACGUCAGCGUGGGAGGGGGAGGGGCUGUUACUCGCCACGGAAACUCCAUGGACGCCUCCUUUUCCAAAGAAGUGCUCAACUCUAUCACAGCCUUUUCAUCCUUGGCGGUUGCCACGGGUAACCAGGCGGACUCUCGAGGUUCUCUGAUCAGCGUMGACUCCAACCCGAGCAACAGUGACAGGAACAGUGAGAAGAUGGAUGGGUGUGAGAAGUUCGCCCGUCCCCAGUCUCUGAUUGGCUACGGUUCCCGCUGCGACAAGUUGGACCAGGCAGAGACCCGCAGUCUCCUCAUGUGUUUUUUGCACAUCAUGAAAACCAUUUCUGAAGAUGUGCUGGUAUCCUACUGGCACCGUGCCAUUCACCAGGAGAUCGCAGACUUCUUUAACAUACUGGAGCUUUGUCUUCAACACUUCAGGUUCCUCGGAAAACGCCACAUAGCGAGGAAGCUAGCAGCGGCGGUAAAGCUGGCCCAGUCAACCCAUGCCAAUGGCACCCUGAAGGCCUCUAACAACCCUACCCAGUCCUCUCAACCCUCAAGCAUCUUCUCCCAAUGGAUGACCUCUGGAGGUGAAGGCCACCGACAGGCUCGCUCCCAAACCAUGCCCAUCAUCCGGGGCAAGAACGCCCUCAUGAAUCCAAAGCUGCUGCAGAUGAUGGAAACCGACGGGAGCGUUCAGGAUGGGGACACGCUGAGUCCCACAGAUAUCGAAGCCAACUUGUCCACAGAAGUGUCUCUCACUGUGCUGGAUGUACUGGAACUCUUUGUUCACCAUCAUAAGAAGCAGUUGCUGCAGGAUGAUGGUCAGAACACACUGAUGAAAAAGGUGCUGGACACCUACUUACUCUUCUUUCAAAUCAACCAGUCCACUGCGACUUUACGACACGUCUUCGCUGCGCUUAGGCUCUUCGUACAAAAGUUUCCCAGUGCGUUCUUCCAGGGAAAGGCAGACCUGUGUGGCUGUCUGUGCCACGAGAUCCUCAAAUGCUGUAACCAUCGAUCCAGCUCCACCCAGACGGAGGCAGCUGCACUACUGUACUUCUUCAUGAGGCAAAACUUUGAGUUUACAAAGGGCAAAUCAAUAGUCCGCUCCCAUCUGCAGGUCAUCAAAGCUGUGAGCCAACUGAUUGCUGAUGCUGGAAUUGGAGGGUCGAGGUUCCAACAGUCGUUGGCCAUCAUCAAUAACUUUGCCAAUGGAGACGCACCGCUCAAGAACACCCCGUUCCCUGCUGAGGUGAAGGACCUGACCAAGCGGAUCAGAACAGUCCUGAUGGCCACGGCUCAGAUGAAGGAGCACGAGAAAGAUCCAGAGAUGUUGGUGGACCUGCAGUACAGCCUGGCCAAUUCCUACGCCAGCACUCCUGAGUUGAGGCGCACCUGGCUGGAGAGCAUGGCCAAAGUUCACGUCCGCAACGGCGACUUGUCUGAGGCUGCCAUGUGCUACAUCCACAUCUCAGCUUUGAUUGCCGAGUCGUUGAAGAGGAGAGGCUACUGGAGAGCCGACAAGGCCGGGAUGUCUGGUGUGUCCCCUGAAGAAGGCCCCGUGUUUAACUGUAGCUCCUUACUAACCUCCUCCCGAGAUCAAGACACAUCCUUCUCUAUGGGCUGGGCAGCAUUUAUGUGCAUCAGCCCCAACGUUAAGGAGGAGGGCGCCAUGAAGGAGGACACCGGUACACAAGACACACCGUACACCGAGGACACCCUGGUGGAGCAGCUGGAGCUGUGUGUGGACUACCUGUGGAAAUCUGAGAGGCACGAGCUCAUCGCCGACAUCAACAAACCCGUGAUUGCUGUUUUUGAGAAGAGGAGGGAUUUUAAGAGGCUGUCAGAGCUGUACUAUGACAUCCAUCGCUCCUACCUGAAGGUGACGGAGGUAGUGAACUCUGAAAAGCGACUCUUUGGACGCUACUACCGCGUGGCGUUCUAUGGACAGGGUUUCUUUGAGGAAGAGGAGAGCAAAGAGUUCAUCUACAAAGAGCCGAAGCUCACGGGUUUGUCAGAAAUCUCCCAGAGACUACUCAAACUUUACUCUGACAAGUUUGGAGCUGAUAAUGUCAAGAUGAUUCAGGACUCCAACAAGGUGAAUCCCAAAGAUCUGGACGCCAAGUUUGCCUACAUUCAGGUGACAUAUGUAGUGCCCUACUUUGACGAGAAGGAGCAGCAGGAAAAGAGAACAGAUUUCGAGAGGCACCACAACAUCAACCGCUUUGUGUUUGAGACACCGUUCACUCUGUCGGGGAAGAAACACGGAGAUGUGGAGGAACAAUGCAAGAGGCGCACCAUACUGACCACGAGUUCCAGCUUCCCCUAUCUGAAAAAGCGUAUCCAGGUGGUGGAGCAGCAGAGCACAGAAAUGAACCCGAUCGAAGUAGCCAUAGACGAGAUGUCGCGCAAAGUCUCCGAGCUCAACCAGCUCUGCAACAUGGAGGAGGUGGACAUGAUCCGGCUGCAGCUGAAACUGCAGGGCAGCGUUAGCGUCAAGGUAAAUGCAGGGCCUAUGGCUUAUGCCAGAGCAUUUUUAGAGGAGAAGAAUGCCAAGAAAUACCCAGACAACCAGGUCAAACUUCUUAAGGAGAUCUUCAGACGGUUUGCAGAAGCCUGCGGUCAAGCUUUGGACGUAAAUGAGCGUCUCAUUAAGGAGGACCAGCUGGAGUACCAGGAGGAGAUGAGAGCUCACUACCGGGACAUGCUCAUCGAGCUGUCCGGCAUCAUGAACGAACAGAUUCCUCACACGAGACAGCCAGGAACGGAGCGACACAGCACCUAUUGAAUGGCCUACAAGGACUUGCCAUAAAUCUGUUGUGCCAGCUUGAGCUCUGUUGGUUUCUGAUAGUACUUUUUUUAAAUUUCCUGCUGCACAAAGAGGCAGAUUAGUGGAACUGUGACUGGCGUGUGUAGAAAACAGAAGAAAAGAAGUGUGUAGACCGUGGUUGUGGUAGUCUGUUGUCAUGUUGUUGAGUUUUAGACUGUCUACAUAUAGAGGCCAGGCUCCUGGACUGUUUGUUUUGGUUGUAGAUGCUCCAGUUCUMGAGGUGUAGAUUCGCCUGCCCUGUCAGCUGAUUAAUCAAAAUACUGACUGCCGCACUCGCACACAAGCCCACGACAUGCGCCUUCUGUCCAAAACCCCGACCUUUUUACAGAACCGUGACCUUACUGAGGUGGAGGUGCGUUCAGCCGUUCACAUAAAAUGUAGCUUUUCUGGUGCAUUUUUAUGACACUUCUUUUUUAAAUAUAUUUGUUUAUGAAAUAUCAACAUAUUUCGAGCUAUCUAAAGAGGACUAAUGUGACAAAUAAAAGGGAUUUAAAUGCAGGUCUUAAGAAUCAAAUGAAGAGAAUGCACCUCCAGUUCUCAUUUGAAUGUAGAGCAGCUCCUCUUUGCUACUUUGUACCCUUGAUAACAUUCUGGAAAAAAAAAAAAAAAACAAGAAAAAAUAGUCAACAUGCCAAUUUUCAAAUGGGAACAUAAAAAUAUGUUUUGUAACAUUUUUAUAAUUGAAAUUGCAUUGUUACAGUUAUUAUCUACUGUUUUAAAUUGUAAAUAAGAAUUAUAAAUAUUUAAAAAA